UUGUCGUCUUGUGUAGAGAAGGCAUUUGCCGUGCUGCUCAAGCAUGUCCGGACCCGCGACGGCGCGCGCGAGCUGCACCGCCACUUGGGGGAACUCACGAUCCUCUCGAUGCUGCGCGUCAAAGCGUCCGUGCCCGUCAUCCAGUCGUACGGCUUUGUGCUCAUGCGGAAGCUUGCGUGUGCAUGCGACGAGAGCCAGCGCGUGCUGCUUGAGAAUGGUGCCAUCGAGCUCAUUGCCAACGGGCUUCGGCGCUUUCCCGACGACGUCAUUCUUCAGUCGGCGGCGGCGGGAGCCCUCGCGCCGCUCGUGCAGUACGACGACAGCAGCAUCGGCAUCGUCUUUAGCCUCGGCCUCCUUCCCGUCCUCAUACGACCGAUCGUCCACCGCAGCGACAAGACGGCGGACCAAGCCGUCAUUUACACCUGCGCGAUCCUUGUCGCCAUCUGCGAAGCUCGCGGCAAGGACGUCGUUGGCACGAUCCUCAGCGGCCACGUGGCCGAUGCGGACACGGAGACGUGGCCCGUUCUGCAGAGCCUCGCGCAACUCUUGCAGGCAAGCGUCAACGUUGACGCGUCCAAGCGGGUCUCGGUCGCCGUCACGACCGCACUUCUCUGCUUCAUGUCGAUGGAUCGCAUGGUCACCGACGUCCUCGACGAGCUCCGCGCGCUCUCGACCGUGUCGCACGCCAUGGUGCAGUUUGCGGCCGAUGCAAGUGUGCUCAAGUACUCGGGGAUUGUGUGUCAACAGCUCGCGCGGUCCCCGGUCAAGCGCGUGCGCACCUACUCGCCACAGAAGCCCACGAAAACGACCAAGAUCCGCGUCUCAACCAGUCCCAAGAAGGAGCCCGCAGUGAAGGAAGGUGUCGUGUACGACCCGAUGCCGAGCAUUGGCGAAAGGGACAAGGAGCGAGCGCUCGCACAAGCCGAAGUGGCAGACCGCGCCGUGCGCGGCAACCUCCUCACGUCCGCGUACGGGUUUGCCAAGCCUCUGAAACAGUCUCUUGUCGUUGCGUCGUCGCCGCCAAAGGAGAUCAAGCCCCGGCCGCCCGCGCGACUGCCACCGCAGGCGACGUCGCCGCUGAAAUCGCCCACCAAGGUCGGGCGUGUGCGGCCUCUGCCGACGAGUCGU